AUGAAUAAUGACAACAAAAAAAGAAAAUUUAAAGGUGGUGCAGAGAAAAAUAGGGAAAAACACCAGAAAAUAUUAAACACUGUGGCCCAACAAUGUCACAAAAUAACUAACAUGUUUUCUUCCAAUACAUCAUGUAAACAAUCUGUAGCCAAAAAUAUUUCUCUACAAGUUAUUCAAGAAAUUGCAGAUGGUUCCAAUAUUGUAAUAGACAACCAUUCUACAAAUAAUUGUUUGGAAUCUGCAGCCAAAGAUGUUUCUACUGAAGUUAGUGUAGAAAAUGCAGAUAUUGCCAAUAUUGUAGUGGACAACAAUUCUACAAAUAAUUGUUUGCAAUCCGUAGUCAAAAAUGUUUCACUUGAAUUAUUUGAAGAAACUGCAAGUGGAGAUCUAUUGGAUGGUUCAAAUAUAAUUUUUAGAAAUGAUCCUGUUAAUUUUGUUAAUGUUGAACAAUGGACUCCAGAGUUAAGAAAUAUGAUUCUAAGUUUGGGAGCUUGUCAGCCCAAAGAACAAGAUUUAAGCUUGAUAUUUUGCCUUUAUUGCAUAUUAUAUGGUAAAAAUACCAAUACUGCAUGGACAAAAAAAGGUUUUUGUCAUUGGAAAAAUGGAUCAUUAUCAAUUACUAAACAUGAAACUUCUUCUACUCAUAUAUUUGCAUCAUUAAAAGUUAAAUUAAAACAAAGUUGUCUACCAAUUCUACCAUCAAUACUUGAAGACCAUAACCGAGGGCAUAAAGAAAAUUGGGAAAGUGACUUGAAAGGAAAUUUUAAAGAUAUGGUUGUUCUAAUUUCACAACAUUCGCCUACUCUAUCUGUUCAUAUCAAUCAGUUAAUGGCCAAAGGAAAGAAAGAAAAUUCUUUUAUUUCUUGGGAUCGACAGAAUUCUCUAAUAGACUCCAUUGCUCAAUAUAUUUCGUCAGUUAUUAGAACACAGAUUGUGAAGGCUGGAUAUUUUAGUAUAUGUAUGGACACGACAUUUGAUGUUUCACACAAGGAGCAGCUUUCAUUUAUUGCAAGAUACAUUUUCAAUUCUAAAAUACAUGAAAGAAUUAUUGCAAUAACUGAAUCGCCUUUAACUAAUGGUAAAGUGCUUUUUGACAUGUUUAAAUGUGUAAUGGAAAAAUGUGGUUUGAACUGGAAGAAAAAUUUAGUCGGUCAGUCUUACGACGGUGCUGCAAAAAUGAGGGGGUCAUACUCUGGACUCCAAGCACGAAUUCUUGAUGAAAAUCCAAAAGCUCUUUUUGUGUGGUGUCAUGCCCACAGAUUAAAUUUAAUAGUUUUAUCUGCUGUUGGAUCUUGUAUAGAAGCAGUAGAUUUAUUUGGGAAUAUGGAAAAACUUUACUGUUUUAUAACAUGCAGUAAAAAAAGAUCAGACAUUUAUAGAAUGAAGCAAAAAGAAAUUUAUCCAAAAAAACAAGUACAUGCAAUAAAAAGAGUUGGUACCACAAGAUGGAUGUCAAACUCAUUUGCUUUAGCAACAAUUUUUGAAACACUGGAAGCAAUAUUGGAUAUGUUAGAGGAAGUUAAAAAUCAAGAUGGCUCGUCAGAUUAUAAAAUAGCCACUGAAUGCAAUGGGCUAUUAAUGAACAGGAAAAAAAAAGUUGUUCUACAAAUCGGAGAGAUAACUUUUGAUGAAACUAUUGAGAAUCCAGUUCAAUACUUUAAAGUAUCAGUAUAUUUUGUAACAAUCGACAUUAUAAUACAACAGAUUCAUGACAAGUUUAAUCAAAAUUCAGUAUCAGUCAUGAAAGAUAUUGGUCUGCUAUCAUUAAAAAGAAUGAAAGAAAAAACUGAUCUCCCUCAAGAUGCAUUUAAAAUGAUAUGCAAUGUGUAUGGAUUAAACCAAGAAUUAAUCAAAAAUGAAUAUAUCAUGUUUAAAGAGAUUGUUAAAGAUUUAGAUUUUAACUUGUUAUUAAAGCUACCAGAAAAAAUCCAUGCAGACUCUGAUGAAGACAACAUUCAUAGUGACAAUGAAGAAAGUGAUGGGGAAAUAGACAAUUAUAAAAACAUGGCAAGUUUAAUAAAUAUUUUUGAAACAAUGAAUAGCGCCAACAUAAAUGAAGAAUUCGAAAACUUAUAUAAUAUAAUUAAACUAAGCUUAACACUACCAACGUCUAGCUGUACAGUUGAAAGAAGUUUUUCAAAAUUAAAAAUUAUAAAAACCAGGCUACGUUCAACGAUGGAACAAACAAGAUUAAAAAAUUAAAUGCUCAUUUCAUGUGAACAUGAUAUAAAUAUUGAUAUUGAUAAAGUAAUAGACAUUUUAGCUGGAAAAUCAUCAGUUUUGACUAAAUUAUUAACCUUUUAA